AACAUGGAAAGGGAGAGAAAUGAUCAAACAUAGCCCAGAAAUGUCAAGACACAAUUAUAGCCAAUGAGAACAUUGCAAACAAGAUACAAGCGAUGAAAACUGAUGACUGAAUACAUCUUGAAGAUGAACAUCUACGCUAAUGCAGAUCCUGUAAACCUUCAUAAUGUCAGGACACAACACACAGGAGGUGACUGUGUGAAGAUCAGAAGAUACAGAGCAGGUCUAGUGUGUUUGGUGCUGCUGUGUGUUCUUCUGCUGACUGGAGUAAUAUUUCUGUGUGUCCACAUCCAUACAAAGAACACAAACUACACAGAAGGAAAAGACCAGCUACUAACCAAGAUUACCCAGCUGACGAAAGAGAGAGAUGGAUUAUUAUCAAGUACAUGUGACCAGAUUAACCUUUUCAGUGAUGGAUGGAUUAACUAUCAUAACUGUAGUCUUUACUUCAUUUCCUCACUGAAGAAGACCUGGUCUGAGAGCAGAAGAUUCUGUACAGAGAGAGGAGCAGAUCUGAUCGUCAUAAACAACAAAGAGGAACAAGAUUUUGUGAAGAACAUAUCUGCUAACUAUGAUGUCUGGAUUGGUCUGACUGACAGUGAAGUGGAGGGCACAUGGAAAUGGGUUGAUGGCAGCACACUGAACCCUAGUUUCAGGUUUUGGAAUGAUAAAGAACCCGAUGGACAAAGAAAAGAGAACUGUGCUCGAUAUUAUUCACCAGGAUUGGCUGAUUAUUCAUGUAGUGAUCUUGGUCAAUGGAUCUGUGAAAAGGGCAGUUAAAAAUAAGUCAUAGGGUUACAUCUUUCCCCUAGCUGUUUUUAAAGGAACUGCUACUGCUAGAACAUAAUGAUUUUGUUGUUGUUGUUUUGCAUACUAGUGUUACAAUACCAAAAAGUUCUGUUCUGCUCCUGUCUCAUGAGAAACACAGUACACUUAAAGGCAAGUAAAUAUAAGAUUCAGUUUCCUACACUCCAACUCUGUAAUACGAUCAGAAUAGGUACUGUUUGUGUGUGUGUGUGUGUGUGUGUGUUACAUCUAAACUUUACAAUCAAAAUAUGAAGUCAACAGUAAUUGAAGUUAACCACUGUAGCUGAGCCUCAAGAGGUACAAUAAAUCAAAGCAGUGAAAUCAAUCUGAAGAUAACCAAACAGAACCAAAUAUUAUUUUGUUUUGCCAUAUUUUAUUAUAUAUCUGAGAAUAUUUCUGCUAUGAAAACAAAACUAUCACUGAGACAUAGGGGAUAAAAGGGGAAAGAGAACAAUUUGUUUACUUUGUUUGAGGACAGAGUAAUUUGGAGAAUGUUCCAAGUUUAUUUCCACAGACACAUCACACUAAGAGACAUCAUAGUGACAGAUAUUGACAGAAACCACUUAAUAGUUUCCCUUUUUUAUAAAGUAUUUUUAGUGAAGCAAGUCAAAUGCUUUUCUUAAAUGUGCCCUCUGUCAAAUAUACUGAAAUACAAAGUUUUGAAAUGUGUUACUAAUCAUUUACACCAACAUGAGAUGCAAACUUUUGUCUCAGGAAGCAGCAAUUUUUGUUCCUGGUUAGCUUCAAGCUCACAGGAUGAUCGCAGUUUGAAACUUUUUUUUUAGUCAACAUUUCAACUUUUAAGAUGACUAUAUAACAGAGUAGAUUAUAUGCAGAUUAGUGUUAGCACGAGGCUAAAGACAAAACCAAUUAAACUGACCUUGACUAUUACUACUUUACCCAAUUUUUAUUUCCUGGACCAUAAAAAAGACAAGACCUCAUCACUGUAUGCAUGAGGACCCAGAAGCAAUGUAAGAAUGGUAUGCCCUUUCUUUGUUUACAGCCUUUGCUAAUGCUAACAAAGGAAUUAGUGAGUUCCUGUUAACCUGCAUUUAAGCAUCUUUUAUUAGUUAACAAUGUUUCAGCGAAACAAACAAUUCUUAUAUAUUUAUAUAUAAAUCCUGAAUUAAAAUCUACAUUUAAACCAUGUGGGACCAAAGUUUUAAAUUUACAUACAGUACCCCAGAAUGCUUCCUGUUUAAAUUAAGUCUCCUAUUCUCUCGAUUUCUGCUGUAUAUAAACACAAGGUAAUUGGAUGGUUAAACUUAUUUUGAUUUUUUUUUUUUUUUUAUAUAAAUGCUAUGAUAUUGAAUUUGUAUAGGAUACUAUUGUGUAUGAAGUUUUGUUUUUAUUUACUGUAAUCCUUUUUUUUUAAAUCUUAUUCACUCUGAUUUUCUUAAUGUUAUUAACAUUUGUGAUGUCAAUGUAAUUAUGUCUUUAUUUAUUUUUAUUUUUAAAUGUAUGUAAUUGCUUAUUUUUAUUUGUCUGGAUUGGUCUGACUGCCAGAGAUGUGGAGGGCAGAUGGAAAUGUGUUGAUGACAGCCCCACUGAGUGAAAAAUGACUGAAAUGAACUGAUUAUUAUCUAAUAAAUAAUUCUCACACAUUA